AAGAGACUAAGAAUCGCCGCCGGUGGACCUGUUUGCACAAACAUGUAGCGUUACACUAAUAAACGUGUCCUUAUCCUUAUCUAUAUCAUGGAACCACUUCAGCACCUCACAGAUCCUCUCUCAUCUUCUUUAUAAUCCCUUUAGAUUUCUUCUAGGGUUUCAUCAACCUCAAAUUCUCAACUCUUUAUUUUUUUUUAGAUUUCUGUGUUUCUCUCUUUCUCUAAGAAUCACCGAGAUGGAAGUUCGUAUGCAAAUGCAUCAUCCAAUUCUCGGGUAUCGAUCUCGUAACGUGGAUGGACAACUCCACUCGCCUGCGGAGAUUAAGAUGUACUGCUUCGGUCUCGCUAUGGUUUUGAGUGUCCUUGGGUCGGUUUUUCUGAUCGUGGGUGUUUACGGAUCACAAAAUAUCUGGCUUGGACCGAAUUCGUCCAUUCUUGUUGAACCAAGUUCCAUAUUUGUCCAAAGCAUUAAGGUGAAGGAGCUUGAUUACUCUAAACCAGGGAUCCAGCUUUAUGGAUUCUAUGGGUCUCCUCCCUUGAAUCGUUUGGUGAAUUGGUCAGAAUCCCGAGGGUUUCCUGUCUCAUAUGAUUCUUACAAGGGUUGGCCAUAUUACUUUAACCGAGGGACUUUUGUGAAUAUAACCUAUACCGUAAAACCAAAAGGUGCAGCGGUCGAGCUUGUGGUCGAUGAAGGAAGGCAAGGCCUCUCUUCUUCAUGGUUGAACGAGAUUGUAUUUCGUCGUGACAUCGCUUGGUCAUGGAAUCUAAUUCAGGGGAGUGGUAUGAUUCAAUUGGAGAUAAGUAAGUCUUCAGGUUAUUAUGUUACUGUGGCUAACUUGAAGAAGAGCAAGGACGUAGAGGUGGAACUGACUAUUGAUGUGAGGGCUGUCUUGUAUGAUACUAAACAAUCAUUAUACAACUGUACCUUCAGCAACGGCGAGUGCACAUUCAAGCUCAAUGCAAUGUCCCUUGUUGGAAAUUCUGUUGUUGUGACUUCACCAGCAUCGAGUCAGGGAGUAUCCAUCGAUGAUGAAUGGUGCAUCAGCAUCUCAUAUGAACAUAGAUGGAUUGCAUAUGUAAUUGGCAUAGGUCUGGUGUUUUGGUUCAUGUUUGUAGCUACACAGUGCUGUUGUAGAGAGGAACAUCUAACCGAAAAUAAUGAUUCAGCAAGAACACCUCUACUUGCAGACAAAGUUGAGGAUGGUUCGUGUAAUGAACCUUUGACAAACAAUGAUUCUAAUUUGGAAAAGUCGUCGAUAGAAAGUGAUGAUGACAGUGACGGAUCUGCCUAUAUGGUUAUUUGUGAUGUUGACAUGUAUUUUCCAGAAGCCUAAUAUGUAUGUAUGAUAAACUCUCUUGAAUCUAUAAUAAUAGAGCAUUAAUA